GAAAAUUAUAUAUAAACUUAACAACUGACGCCAUGUAUAAAAGCUCGGUUAUUUCGUAACUUUUGUAAGGAGUAGAAAAUGACUUUGUUCAUGCAAGCCCUACGCUUCUCUUCUUCACGGCUGCCGUUUAUUUGCAGGAGGUCCAGGACAUAUUCUACUGAAGCCGGAGCCAUCGAGCGGGUCAUUUCAGCGUUUCGCUCUGUUAGUGGAGAUGAAGGGGUGUCUGUGGGCUCAGCUGUCAGAGAACAGCACGGCAGGGAUGAGUCUGCGCACAGGUGCCGACCACCAGAUGUGGUGGUGUUUCCUCGGUCUGUAGAGGAGGUCAGUGCCCUUGCCAAAAUUUGUCACCACCACCAACUACCCAUAAUCCCGUUUGGUACAGGGACAGGCCUGGAGGGAGGUGUUGGUGCUCUGCAGGGUGGAGUGUGUUUCAGUCUGAGAAAGAUGGAUCAGGUUCUUGACCUUCAUCAAGAGGAUUUUGAUGUGACGGUGGAGCCAGGUGUGACACACAGAGGCCUGAACUCAUACCUGCGUGACACUGGCCUUUGGUUUCCCGUCGAUCCAGGUGCUGACGCAUCUCUCUGUGGCAUGGCUGCAACUAGUGCGUCAGGCACUAACGCAGUCCGCUAUGGCACGAUGCGCGGGAACGUCCUGAACCUGGAGGUGGUUCUAGCAGAUGGAACGGUCCUCCACACAGCAGGGAAGGGCCGUCGUCCAAGAAAGACAUCUGCUGGUUACAACCUAACUAGCCUUUUUGUGGGCUCGGAGGGAACUUUGGGUAUUAUUACCAAAGCCACGCUCCGGUUGUUCGGUAUUCCUGAAAGUAUGGUGUCGGCUGUCUGCUCCUUUCCAUCCGUCCAAUCAGCGGUGGACAGCACUGUUCAGAUCCUGCAAGCUGGAGUGCCCAUUGCCCGUAUCGAGUUCUUGGACGACGUGAUGAUAAACGCAUGCAAUCACUUCAACAAACUGUCCUAUGCGGUCACUCCCACCCUCUUCCUGGAGUUCCACGGUAGCUCCAAAAACAUGGAAGAGCAAGUGUCCAUCACUGAGGAGAUCACGCGGGAUAACGGAGGCUCAGAAUUCGCCUGGGCAGAAGAUGAGGAGACUCGUGGCCGGUUAUGGAAAGCCCGUCAUGAUGCGGGGUAUGCAGCCCUAGCCCUGAGGCCUGGAUGUAAGGCAUAUUCUACGGAUGUCUGUGUGCCAAUCUCACGACUGCCUCAGAUUAUAGUGGAGACAAAGGAAGAUCUAAUCAGAAACAAUAUAACCGGUCCUAUUGCAGGUCACGUGGGCGAUGGAAACUUCCAUUGUUUAAUAGUACUGGAUCCCAAUGACCCAGACGAGGUGGCAAGGGUUCACUCCUUCACUGAGAGAUUAGUCAGGAGAGCACUGGCGAUGGAUGGAACUUGUACUGGUGAACAUGGGAUCGGUCUAGGAAAGCGGGCCCUGCUCAGAGAAGAGGUCGGUCCAUUGGCUAUAUCGGUCAUGCAGGGCAUCAAGGCCACCCUAGACCCCAAAAACCUCAUGAAUCCUGGAAAGGUAUUAUAAUUAAUGCAAACCAACACAGACCACUAUAGAAGACACUCUGCAUUAGGCUGUCUGACCACUAGAUGUCAGGAGAAUGAGGUUUGUUUUAAAUUUUAA